AUGGUUCUUGUAAAACAUAAAUAUAAAACCAAGGAGAUAGUCCCAACAGUUCAACUAAGUACAGUAUCUUUCUUCUUUUACAUUUACUUGUUAUUUUUUUUAUCUUAUUUUGUUGUUAUUAUUUUUAUUUUGCUUUCUUUUGAAAGAAUCACUCAUAAAACACCGCGAAUAUAUAUACAAAUGACUUUAGCUGGUAGACCAGUUAUUCAUAUCGUUGGUAUGGGUUCCAUGGGGACCGUAUUGGCCAUUAAUUUACUUCAGUACACAAAGGCUGAGAUUAUUCCCUUAUUUAGAAAUCAAGAAAGAUUGUCUCAAUUUCAAGAUGAUGCCGGUUCUACUAUUGGUAUUAGAAGGUUGUUUGAAAAGGAUACUCCAUUGACUGUUAAGAAAUUGGAGAAAAGUUAUUGUCCAGAUACUUUCCCCAAACAGCACAUUGAAAAUUUAGUAAUCACCACAAAGACAUAUCAAACUAAGAGUGCAUUGGAACCAUAUUUACCCUACAUUGAUUCUAAUACCAAUUUAAUUUUAAUUCAAAAUGGAUUAGGUGUCCUUGAAGUGUUAAGGGAAGAAAUAUUUCUACAAGAAGAUAAUAGACCAAAUCUAUUUCAAGGUGUCAUUUCUCAUGGUGUGUUCCAAGAUAAAGGGUUUAUCUUUAAUCAUGCCGGAUUUGUUGGAAUUAAAGUUGCUAGAUUACCUUGGUCCAAAGACGAUAUAGUUCAAACCAAUGAAGAUAUUCACUCAGAUACUUAUGGAAAUUCCUUAAUCCAAACUUUGACAGAACCUGUAUUUGCUAAGGAAUUUAAUUGUCAAUAUGUAACAUACCAAGAGUUGCUAUUUGGCCAAUUAUUCAAAUUUGCCAUCAAUUCGUGCAUAAACCCAAUAACUGCUAUUAUAGAUUGUGAUAAUGGUGAAAUGAUUGAUUCCUGUAGACAGGUAUUUACUUCUAUUAUAGAAGAAAGCUUAAAAGUCCUAAGAAUCGCUUAUAAACCGUUAUUCGAGUAUGAAAAUAAAUAUAAUAAUUUAGAAGGAUAUCCAUCAUUGAAAGUCAAUUCAGUGUUGACAGUUGACCAUUUGGUCACUGAAAUCAUUAAGAUUGGUUGUGAGCUUAAUGCCAAAAAUAGUAGUUCCAUGAGACAAGACACUAGAUAUUUAAGAGAUACUGAAAUAGAGUACAUCAAUGGAUAUAUUGUCAAAUUGGCGAAGGAUUUAGGGUUAAGUCCGGAAUCAGCAAAAGUUAAUAAGACGGUUUCAGAAUUAGUUAAUUUGAGAUUAGGAUUGAAUAGAAAGAGAGCCUCUGUGGGGGAUUGGAAGUACAAAUAG